AUGGAGCGCCGGGCCUGGGUCCCCAGCCUCUGCCCUCUGCUCGGGUCACACCUACUCCUGCCGCUGCUGCUGCUGCUGCUGGCGCCAGGAAGGGCCCAGCCCCAGGCCGGUGGGAACCAUACGCAGCCCCCAGAACUCAACGCCACAGUGACCCCUGGGACCUCCAUGACUCCAGUUCCCUUGGUGGCACCCUCAAUAUCGGGGACACCCUUGACCCCGAGAAGCACUUCUGAGACUGCAGUGGAGGGGGCCCGUGACAAGAGGCCCACCUCCAGCCCCAGGGUGGCCUCCUCAAGCAGCACCGAGGACCAAGUGCUCACGGAGAACGGGCAGCCAUGCAGGUUCCCCUUCCGUUACGGUGGUCGUAUGCACCAGGCCUGCACCUCGGAGGGGAGCGCUCACAGGAAGUGGUGUGCCACGACCCACAACUACGACCGGGACCGGGCCUGGGGCUACUGCAUCUCCACAGCCACCACGCCUCCGGGCCUUCCAGGAGCCCUGGACCCCUGCGCCUCCAGCCCCUGCCUCAACGGGGGUUCCUGCUCCAGCACCCAGGAACGCGCUUCCUACCUCUGCUCCUGCCCCGUGGCCUUCACCGGCAAGGACUGCGGCCAGACCAAGUGCUUCGAGGAGACUCGCUUUGAGUACCUGGAGACAGGCGAGCGCUGGGCGCGCGUGCGCCAGGGCCGGGUAGAGCAGUGCGCCUGCGCCGGAGGCCGCGCCCAGUGCGAGGACACUCGACACACAGCUUGCCUGAGCAACCCUUGCUUGAACGGGGGCACCUGUCACCUGAUCGUGGCCACCGGGACCACCGUCUGCGCCUGCCCGCCAGGUCACGCCGGCCGCCUGUGCAACGUGGUGCCUGCCGAGCGCUGCUUCGUGGGUAAGGGCACCGAGUACCGCGGCGUGGCCAGCACGGCGGCCUCGGGCCUCAGCUGUCUGGCCUGGAACUCAGACCUGCUCUUCCAGGAGCUGCACGUGGACUCCGUGGGCGCCGCGGCGCUGCUCGGCCUGGGCCCCCACGCCUACUGCCGGAACCCAGACAGCGAUGAGAGACCCUGGUGCUACGUGGUCAAGGAGAACACGCUGUCCUGGGAGUACUGUCAGCUGGCAGCCUGUGAAGCCUUGGCCAGAAGCCAGCCUCCCCCCAUCCCUGCGGUCCUGCUAACCUUGCCUGAGGCAGCGCCAGGGGGACGCCGAGCCUGUGGCAGGAGGCACGGGAAGAGGACCUUCCUCCGGCCACGCAUCAUUGGGGGCUCGGCUGCCCUGCCAGGCUCCCACCCCUGGCUGGCCGCCCUCUACAUCGGGGACAGCUUCUGUGCAGGCAGCCUCAUCCACACCUGCUGGGUGAUAUCCGCCGCCCACUGCUUCUCCAGCAGGUGAGCUGGCCCGGCCCAGCCCCCAGAGAGUAGCGUCUCCGUGGUUCUGGGCCAGCAUUUCUUCAACCUCACGACGGACGUGACGCAGACCUUUGGCAUCGAGAAGUACAUCCCGUAUCCCCGGUACUCCGUGUUCAACCCGGGCGACCACGACCUGGUCCUGGUCCGGCUGAAGAAGAAGGGGGACCGCUGCGCAGUCCGUUCCCAGUUUGUCCAGCCCAUAUGCCUGCCUGAGCCCAGCAGCCCUUUCCCCGCCGGAUACAAGUGCCAGAUCGCCGGCUGGGGUCACGUGGGUGAAAACAUGAGCAGCUACUCCAGCUCGCUGCGGGAGGCCCUGGUCCCCCUCGUCGCCCAGCACAAGUGCAGCAGCCCGGAGGUCUACGGGGCCGACGUCAGCCCCAACAUGCUCUGUGCCGGCUACUUCGACUGCAAGGCCGAUGCCUGCCAGGGAGACUCGGGGGGCCCCUUGGCCUGUGAGAAGAACGGCGUGGCUUACCUGUACGGCAUCAUCAGCUGGGGUGAUGGCUGCGGACGGCUGAACAAGCCGGGUGUCUACACCCGUGUGGCCAAUUACGUGGACUGGAUCAAUGACCGCAUGCGGCCCCCCAAACAACCUGCGGCUCCCUCCUGA